UUCCAAUUCCUUUUGGCUGAAGUAUACCAACUCCCCUAUUUAUAUUCUAUUCUUCCAUUCAAGGAGGCAACUAACUUAUUCCUCUACCUUUCAUUUCUUUCCUAUUUCAUCGCUAAAUCCAGAAUGGCAGAUACAUUGACAGAAGAUCAAAUUUCUGAGUUUCGUGAAGCCUUUUGCUUGAUCGAUAAAGAUUCAGAUGGGUUCAUUACCAUGGGAGAGUUGGCAGCAGUGAUCCGGACAUUAGAUGUAAACCCUACAAAGGAUGUUCAAGGCAUGUUCAGUGAGGCUAAUGUUGAAGGAAAUGGGAAGACCAUCGAUUUCAAAGAUUUCUUAAAUAUUAUGGCAAGUAAAAUGAAGGAAAACUUGAUGGAUGAACUACAAGAAGCUUUCAAAGUAUUUGACAGAGAUGAAGAUGGAUUCAUAUCAGCAAACGAGUUGAGACAAGUGAUGAUGAAUCUGGGAGAAAGACUAACAAUGGAAGAAGCAGAGCAGAUGAUAAGAGAAGCCGACGUGGAUGGAGAUGGAGUAGUCAGCUAUGAGGAGUUUGCAAGGAUGAUGAUGAUGGCCUUCUAAAUACCUCUAACUCAUUUUCCAGUUAUUCUUUUAACCUUUUUUUUUUUUUUUUGGAGAAUGGAAUUACAUCUCCUAUAUCCUCACCUUGUACCAUACUGCAAAUAACUCUCCUUUUUUUUAUCUUUCGAUAUUCCAUAGUCUCGUUAAAUUUAAAUUUAAGUUAAAUUAAACCUUUAAAUGAAGUCAAGUUUUUU